GGGGAAUAUAUAAGUAGCCUCUCUAAUGCCCAUGCCCCCUCCUCUCCUGCUGACAGGUGUGAGUCCCUAGCAGGCACAAUACAGUGAGAGGCGGCGGGGCCCCUCCCGGGGAAGGCGGCAGUGAUGUUAUGAGGUAACUAUGGCAGGGAACCUGCUGGGCUUCAUCUCCCAGGGGUCAGGCUUCCCUGGUUACCAACAGUACAGCCACUUCCUGUUCCAUAAGGCAGCACUGUCACUCACAGCUCUGACUCGGGAGUGGGGGACAGAGAGCUCUUAUACAGGUGGGACCCCCCAGGGAAGGAGAGAGGCAAGGAGCAGCCGGCCGGGAAUACAUUCAUUCGCAGGACCAGUUCAGCUCUGCAGGGGGGAGACCCCAUAGGCUGCAAAGCCACAGCUCCAGCCGUUGUUCCAGAACAUUUACUAUCCAUUGCCAUCUCUAUCAUUCAGCACACGUUCACUGAAGAUGCCCGGAUACCACUCUUCCCCUGUACAGUAUUCAUCGCUUCCCUAUGUGGUUGCAACACUGCAAAGCACUGCUAUGCCAACCUUUAGAUUUCAGCCGCGCAGAGAUGGCAUCGACUGGAGGCGGUUCAGUGCCAUUGACACUGAAAGAAUCACACGAGAGGUAGACAUAAACACGCUUCAGGAGAGCAUUAACUCCAUAACCUUCUGCAAUCUAGAAGGGGAGAAGUGCCCCUACUGUCAGCAGCCGGUCGACCCUGUGCUCCUAAAGGUUCUUAAGAUGGCACAAAUGAUCAUUGAAUACCUACUGUAUUGCCAAGAGCACAUACACAGCAGGGAGGCCCAGCUAGAGGAGAGAUUGGGCGAGGCAGAGGCUGAACAUGAGCGCACCAAGGAUGAGCUGGCCAAACAGGCUGAGGAGAUGAAAAAAGUCAAGGAGGAAAGCAAGAGAAGAAAAAAGAUGAUUGCUACUCAACAAAUGCUACUACAGGCUGGAGCUAACAACUAUCAUAAGUGCCAGCUCUGUGAUAAAGCCUUCAUGAACUAUUCCUACCUUCAGGGACACAUCCAGCGCAGACACCCUGAAAUAACAGAAAUUGAGAGACAAAAGAAGAAGCAGGUGGAGCAAAUGGAAGAUGGCAUUGAGGAACUGAAAUCAAAACUGCUGAAGACUCAGGCUAUUCUUGAGGAAGAACGGGAGAUGGAGCAUAAGAAAAGGCUACAGGAGGCGGAAGAAGCACGACAUCGGGAAGAAACUCUAAAGAGAGACUUUGAGCGAUGGAGAGAGGAGGAGAGAUCCAAACGCCAAGACGAGAUGGAUAAAAUCAUGCAGCAAUUCCACUCUCAGCUUCAGGAGGUCACCCUAAAAAACUCAACUUAUGAAAGCAGAUUUCAUAACCUGGAGAGUAAGAAUUCCAUGGUGCCCAGUCUUGGUAACCUUGCAGACGAAGAAGAGCGACUUGAGCUAAAGAGGUUGCAGCAAGGAAUGAGAAACCUAAAGGAAGAAUUGGAGCAACAGCAAUCAGGAUGGAAAAAGAAGUUGAAGGAGGUCCAGAGGGACCAUGGUGUAGAAAAGCAAGAGCUUCAGUACGAGAACGAGAGACUGAAAGCUUCAAUGACAAGAGACCAACAAGCCGUAGACCAACAGGUCACUAAACAAAUGCAAUCUCUUAAAUCUCAAAUAAAGGAGAAGAACAAGCUGAUUCAAAACUAUGAACUAACUAUUGAGGAUCUAUCAAGAAGCAGAGAAGUUCCACAAGUGGCACAAGUCGUUUUACCCGCUGGAGCAAUUAAAGAUGAAGCAUCUGAGGAUGAGCUUGACUACUCUCUGAGCCAAAAUCUGAAAACCAUAGACGAUUUGCGAAGAAACCCAGAUUUCAUCAAACAGUUUCGCCCUAUAUUGGAGCAGACUUUGAUAGAGAAGCUGGAGAGCCUUGGAGUCAAAAAGGGUGCCAAGGGAAUAAAUUCAUCUGCACACAAGAAUUUAAUAGCGGUCCUGCAGACCCAGCUGGAGCAGAAAAUCCGCAAACAUCCAGAAAUCCAAACAAUAAGAGCCAAGAUGGUUAAAAAAUUAACACAGAAGGUGAAGCAAUGGCAGAAGAAUGAGGAGACCAAUCAGUACAAGUCUUCCCAGUUAUCAAGUCAAAAACCAAGUAAUCAGCGCAUUGUGCCCCCAUCCGAGGAAGAAACAUCACAAGCCAGAAGCAGAAAUGUGCUCAUGGUUGGUUCUCAGCAGAGUCCUAACAGGGCACCAGUUCCAUUUCCAAGGACCAAAGCAACAGGGAGGCAGAAUGCAGCUGCAGGGACUGCAAGGAAUCCUCCUUUUACUUCAGAAGAAGACUCUUCCAUGAUGGGCCAGGGGCCCUUUCACACCCCGUCACACAAAUCCUCAAAGGAAACACAACAGAGUUCCCGACUUAGGAGGCAGACAGAAGCGGACAGUGAUGAGUGGUCUGAUUCAGAGUUAUCUCCUGGCAAACCAAGCCCCAGAUCUGUGAAAUUUUCAACAGGGAUGGCAAGCCAAGGCUCCAGUGUGCAUGCAUUGGCACAAAGCUUAGAAAAGCAGCAGUCCAGACCAAGGGUAAAACCAGUGGGAGGAGUAGAAAUCAUGAAAUCUGCACCCAUCAAGUCACCCAAUAAAUCAAAAGCAGCAGGGAAUUUGCACGUAUCAGAUGAGAGUGAAUCUGAGUUUUCUUCCUUGGAAGAAAUCACUGAGCACUUAAGCACAAAUGAGGGGAAACCCCAGCCUGCGGUGCGCCGGAGUGCAGAGUCCACGGGAUCCCAAGGCACCAGCAUCUGGAGUUUAAGUAGCAUGAACGGUGCAGGAUGGUGACAUGUAGGGAGUCUUGUCUGGCAAACUUAGUGUUCUCCAAACCCAGACCAAAAUAUUAUGCAAGAUAUUGAAUAAUAAGGGUAAAAAUACUGAGAAAUGCCAUAAUACAUAAACACAUACCCUAAGGAAGUGAAGAGCCCCUUCUGGCACAAGCAAGCCCUUGCCACCUCUACUCAUACUCAGUGGCUUGGACACUUGUCUCCUCUGCUUUAGGGUAUGCGCUGCUAUUUGUGCCUCAUGUUUUUUUGCUUAAAAUUUUUUAUUGUUAUUUUCUGAAUUUCACAUUUUAUGUAGGGACUGUCUUUCUAUAUUAGGAGACUUGUAAUUUAAUGAUUAUUUGUGUGGAAAUAUACCCUCUCUUUCAACAUAAGUGCAAUGAAUGGGGCUUGUGCUGUACAUUUGUGUUGGGAUUGUUUUUUACAGAACUUAAUAGGGAUCAUUUAUGUAGCAGAAGGCAUUAUGUCCCAAAAACAGCCUUAAUCAUUAAAAGAGUAGCAAGUGGCAAGGCAUUGAAUAUAUAUAUGUAUAUGUGAUUAUUCAUUUGUCAGUGUUUCUUUGGAUAAAAAGAGAUUAUAUAUUUUAAAUUAUUUGUUUUAAUAAACAUUGUAUUAUAUAUUUUAA